UUCUCAAACAAAAUCCAUAAGAACAGAAAUCAAAAUCCAGACAAGAAAUUAAGAGAAAGCAUGGAAAUUUCAAGAAAAGACAAUGAAGAGCCUGAACAGAACAACAACAAUGUAGCAUCUAUUAUUGGUUCUGAUCGCACCAAUGUAAUUGUGAAUCAUGAUUUCUCUUCUGGGAUGCAUUCGUGGCAUCCGAAUUGCUGCGAGGCCUUUGUUGUCACCGCCGAGACUAAUGUCUCUCACGGUGUUAUAGACCCGUCAAAGAGCGGUAGCUACGUAGUUGUCACAAACCGGAAAGAAACAUGGCAAGGCUUGGAGCAAGACAUCACAAGCAGAGUGAAACCUUGUUAUCUUUAUAAAGUUUCAGCUACUGUUGCUGUCUCUGGACCUGUUCAUGGAUUGGUAGAGGUUAUGGCCACCUUGAAGCUCGAAAACGGACAAUCGCAAACAAACUAUCAGUUUAUCGCAAAAACUUGUGUCUUCAAGGAGAAGUGGGUGAGACUAGAAGGCAUGUUCUCGUUACCAAGCGUACCAGAAAAAGUUGUUUUCUAUUUGGAAGGCCCGUCACCGGGGAUCGAUCUCCUCAUACAGUCUGUUACCAUUCAUAGCGAAAGCGAGCCUGAGCUGGACCGUGUUACUGCUGAAGAUGAGGCUAAUAUUGUAGUGAACCCAAACUUUGAAGAUGGACUAAAUAACUGGUCAGGGAGAAGCUGCAAGAUUGUGUUGCAUGACUCAAUGGCUGAUGGAAAGAUAGUACCAGAAUCCGGGAAAGUUUUUGCUUCGGCUACAGAGCGCACACAAAACUGGAAUGGUAUUCAGCAAGAGAUCACCGGGAAAGUUCAGAGAAAACGUGUAUAUGAGGCAACCGCGGUUGUUCGUAUUUAUGGAAACAAUGUGACAACAGCUUCUGUACAAGCUACUCUAUGGGUCCAGAAUCCAAAUCAACGGGAUCAAUACAUUGGCAUUUCCACUGUGCAGGCAACAGACAAAGAGUGGGUACAUUUAAAAGGGAAGUUCCUCCUCAACGGUUCUGCAUCGCGGGUAGUCAUUUACGUUGAAGGUCCGCCACCAGGAACGGAUAUUCUCCUCAAUAGCUUCACUGUGAAACAUGCCGAGAAAAUUCCUCCUUCACCGCCCCCGUCUAUUGAGAAUCCUGCAUUUGGGGUAAACAUACUCACAAAUAGCCACUUAAGUGAUGAUACGACCAAUGGCUGGUUUCCAUUAGGGAACUGCACACUAAGUGUCGCGGAAGGGUCACCUCGAAUCCUUCCUCCAAUGGCAAGAGACUCUCUUGGACCACACGAGCCUCUAAGUGGCCGCUAUAUACUCGCGACUAACCGAACACAGACAUGGAUGGGUCCAGCACAAAUAAUCACUGAUAAACUUAAGCUGUUCUUGACAUACCAAAUAUCAGUUUGGGUCAAAGUCGGUUCUGGCAUUAAUAGUCCACAAAAUGUUAAUGUCGCACUUGGUAUCGAUGGCCAAUGGGUAAACGGAGGACAAGUCGAGAUCAACGAUGAUAGAUGGCAUGAAAUUGGCGGUUCUUUCCGAAUCGAGAAGCAGCCAUCUAAGGGUUUGGUUUAUGUUCAAGGCCCUUCUUCCGGCAUUGAUCUUAUGGUUGCUGGAUUGCAGAUUUUCCCGGUCGAUCGACUCGCGAGAAUCAAACAUUUGAAAAGACAAUGUGACAAGAUCCGUAAGCGCGAUGUUACCCUCAAAUUUUCUGGUGUUGAUUCUAGCAAAUUAUCUGGAGCUACGGUUAUAGUUCGACAAAUAAGAAACAGCUUCCCGGUGGGGACUUGCAUAAGCAGAUCAAAUAUAGAUAACGAAGAUUUCGUCGAUUUCUUCUUGAAGAACUUUAAUUGGGCGGUUUUCGCUAACGAAUUGAAAUGGUAUUGGACGGAACCAGAGCAAGGGAAGCUUAAUUACCAAGACGCAGAUGAUAUGCUCAACUUGUGUAAUAGCAACAACAUAGAAACAAGAGGACAUUGUAUCUUUUGGGAAGUUCAAGCAACUGUUCAGCAAUGGAUCCAAAACAUGAACCAAACCGACUUAAACAACGCGGUCCAAAACCGCCUAGCCGAUCUUCUAAAUCGGUACAAGGGGAAAUUCAAACAUUACGACGUGAACAAUGAGAUGUUACACGGAUCAUUCUAUCAAGACAAGCUAGGAAAAGACAUAAGGGUCAACAUGUUCAAGACCGCGCACAACCUAGACCCUUCUUCUACAUUGUUCGUGAACGACUACCAUGUAGAAGACGGGUGUGACCCAAAAUCCUGUCCUGAAAAGUACACGGAACUCAUUCUUGACCUGCAAGAAAAGGGUGCGCCGGUAGGAGGAAUCGGGAUUCAGGGUCAUAUCGAUAGUCCUGUGGGUUCAAUUGUAUGUUCAGCUCUAGACAAACUAGGAAUCCUAGGUUUACCGAUAUGGUUCACGGAAAUGGAUGUAUCUUCGAUUAAUGAGCACAUAAGGGCAGAUGAUUUAGAAGUAAUGAUGUGGGAAGCUUUCGGACAUCCCGCUGUUGAAGGUAUAAUGUUAUGGGGAUUUUGGGAAUUGUUCAUGAGCAGAGACAAUUCUCAUUUGGUGAAUGCAGAAGGAGAUGUUAAUGAAGCUGGUAAAAGGUUUUUGGCUGUGAAAAAAGAUUGGCUUUCUCAUGCUAAUGGACAUGUUGACCAAAACGGUGCGUUUCCGUUUAGAGGGUACAAUGGAAAUUAUGCCGUUGAAGUGAUUACUACUUCAUCUACUAAGGUUCUGAAAACGUUUGUUGUUGAAAAGGAAGAUUCGUCUCAAGUUAUUACUGUUGAUCUUCAAGGUUUGUGAUGCGUUUGUGUUAUACAUGUGUUCAUGUAUGUAUGUCUAGAUUUAGAAUUUGCUGAAACUGUGGUGUUUGUUUGUUGUGAAUAUUAUACUUUGGUUGUUAUAGUAUGGUGGCUUGUCUAAUCUCAUAAUCGGAUGAUUACAUACCAAAAUAAGCUAAAACGAAAAUU